UUCCAGAUGCCUGAAGCACCAGAAGCAGAGACCUUUGCAUUCCAGGCUGAGAUUGCUCAGCUGAUGUCACUGAUCAUCAACACGUUCUACUCGAACAAGGAAAUCUUCCUGCGUGAGUUGAUCUCGAACUCGUCCGAUGCGCUGGACAAGAUUCGCUAUGAGUCGCUGACGGAUCCCUCGAAGCUGGAAUCGGGCAAGGAGCUGUUCAUCAAGAUCAUCCCGAACAAGGAAGCCGGCACGCUGACGCUUAUCGAUACCGGUAUCGGCAUGACGAAGGCCGACCUUGUGAACAACCUUGGUACGAUUGCCAAGUCGGGCACGAAGGCGUUCAUGGAGGCGCUGCAGGCUGGCGCGGACAUCAGCAUGAUUGGUCAGUUCGGUGUCGGUUUCUAUUCAGCGUACCUGGUCGCUGAUAAGGUGGUGGUGACAUCGAAGAACAACGACGACGAGCAGUACGUUUGGGAAUCGUCGGCUGGCGGGUCGUUCACGGUGCGCUCAGAUUCCGGUGAGCCACUCGGUCGCGGUACGAAGAUCGUGCUACACAUCAAGGAGGAUCAGCUGGAGUACCUGGAGGAGAGCAAGGUGAAGCAGAUUGUGAACAAACAUUCCCAAUUCAUCGGCUACCCGAUUAAGCUGCUCGUGGAGAAGGAGCGCGAGAAGGAGGUGAGCGACGAUGAGGCCGAGGAGGAGAAGAAGGAAGAGGACAAGAAGGACGACGAACCAAAGCUGGAAGACGCCGAGGAAGAGGAUAAGAAGGAAAAGAAGAAGAAGACUGUGAAGGUGAAGUACACCGAGGACGAGGAGCUGAACAAGACGAAGCCCAUCUGGACGCGUAAUGCGGACGAUAUCUCGCAGGAGGAGUAUGGCGAGUUUUACAAAUCCCUGACCAACGACUGGGAAGAUCAUCUGGCGGUGAAGCACUUCUCGGUUGAGGGCCAGCUGGACUUCCGGGCGCUGCUGUUCGUGCCCCGUCGUAUGCCGUUCGAUCUGUUCGAGAACAAGAAGAAGAAGAACAACAUCAAGCUGUACGUGCGCCGUGUGUUCAUCAUGGACAACUGCGAGGAGCUGAUUCCGGAUUACCUGAACUUCAUCAAGGGUGUGGUCGAUUCGGAGGAUCUGCCGCUGAACAUUUCCCGAGAGAUGCUGCAGCAGAACAAGAUCCUGAAGGUGAUCCGCAAGAACCUGGUGAAGAAGUGUGUGGAGUUGUUUGAGGAGCUGGCCGAGGAUAAGGAGAUGUACAAGAAGUUCUACGAUCAGUUCAGUAAGAACCUGAAGCUGGGUGUGCAUGAGGAUAGCCAGAACCGUCAGAAGCUGGCCGAUUUGCUGCGUUUCAACACGUCGGCAUCUGGCGACGAGUUCUGCUCGCUGGCAGAUUACGUUGGCCGCAUGAAAGAGAACCAAACACAAGUUUACUACAUCACGGGUGAGAGUAUCGAUCAGGUGAAGAACUCGGCGUUUGUAGAGCGUGUGAAGAAGCGUGGCUUCGAGGUAAUCUACAUGACUGAACCCAUCGAUGAGUACGUCACUCAGCAGCUGAAGGAGUACAAGGGCAAGCAGCUGGUUUGUGUGACGAAGGAAGGGUUGGAGCUGCCGGAAGAUGAGACUGAAAAGAAGAAGCGCGAAGAGGACAAGACCAAGUUCGAGAACCUGUGCAAGGUGAUGAAGUCAGUGUUGGAGAGCAAGGUGGAGAAGGUGGUGGUAUCGAAUCGAUUGGUAGAUUCGCCCUGCUGUAUCGUAACGUCGCAGUACGGUUGGUCGGCCAACAUGGAACGCAUUAUGAAGGCACAGGCGCUGCGUGACUCAUCUUCCAUGGGCUACAUGGCGGGCAAGAAGCAUAUGGAGAUCAAUCCUGAUCAUGCCAUCGUCGAGACGCUGCGACAGCGAGCGGAUGCGGAUAAGAACGAUAAGGCAGUGAAGGAUCUUGUGAUUUUGUUGUUCGAGACGGCGCUCCUUUCGUCGGGUUUCUCGCUGGACGAACCUGGAAACCACGCAUCCCGUAUCUACCGCAUGAUCAAGCUGGGUCUGGGUAUCGACGACGACGAGCCAAUGGCGGCAGAAGAGAGCAGCAGUGCGGCACCGGCCUCUGGAGACGCUCCACCGCUGGUCGAUGAUUCGGAGGAUUUGUCACACAUGGAGGAAGUCGAUUAA